AUGGCCUCUCAGGUCCCAGCUCUCCCUCAGUCCUACGCUCCUGGGACCAACAGCUACUUCUCGGACCAGUCUGGCUUUUUCUCUCUUGACUCCCACGUGCCCGGGCUCUCCAAGGUGAUUCUCAACAAGCUCAACAUGAAGGACUACGGAGAGUACAGGGCUGCCGUCGUGGGAAAAGCGAAAGGAAUCUCGUUCCGCAACUAUAAGGAGAUGUUCCAGAAGAUGGAGGAGACCUUCGAGUUCUGCACCGGCUGCAACAAGCUGCCGGAGCAUCUGGUCGAGAACCAGACCCUGAAGCGUUGUGUGAAGUGCUUGAAUGUGUACUAUUGCACCAAGGACUGUCAGAGAAAAGACUGGCCUCAGCAUAAAAGAGUCUGCAAAACACUGCGUCUGGUGGCCAUUGACAGACUCGUGGAGUGGCUGAUGUUCACUGGAGAUCUCCCAUUCCCCACUGAGGAGUGGUCCAAGUCAGCAACUGAGGUGAAGAACUGGGACGACUGGCUCCCCAUGCAGGGCGACCUCACGCCGCGUCUGGACGCCAUUUUGUCCAGUGCCAACAUGGCGACCCUUUGGGACAACGCCAGCAGGAAGCGACCCGAUGAUGCUGACCUGCGACAGUCUUUGUGGCGCCUUCAGAGCGAGUUCCUCUCUCGGGUUCUCACAGUUGGGAUGGCGGUUCAACACUUUGGCUUGGACCCGCACGCCAAACCCCUCACCAUUCACGUGGCAGGGGCGUCCCACAAUGAGACCAUGAGAGCAUGCCUGACAGACUAUGACGAACUCAACCACAUGUUCCCCGGGCACCAGGGCAUAGAGAUCGUCAUGGUGGGGCCGGAGGUGGUGGACGGGCCCAUCAUGAGGCCUCCUCUCCAGGGGUUUGGACCCAGGCAGAACGUCUUCAUCAGUGCCUAUAAGGGGCUGUACCACCAAUUCUGGGAGGAGCUGGUGGAGGAACAGCAAGCAGCCAAGCCGGACCUGGUGGUCGGAUUUCAUCCUGGGUUCCAUGCCAACCAGGGUCUGGUGGAAGGCUGGCUGCCCACGCUCCUGCUCCUCCGAGACUCCAACAUCCCAUCCUUCUUCACCAUGUACAGCGAGAUGGAGCUCAAGUGCUCCAGGCAGAUCCUGCUCGAGCUGGAGAUGCACAUCAGGGACAGCGGCUCCAAUCCUUUCGCCUCUCAGAAGCCGGAGCAGGUCCAGGCCUGUCCCAACACAACGCCGGUCCACUGCAGCUCGCACUACAUCUGCUUCCAGGGGCUGCUGCCAAGUGAGGACUUUGAGGAAUUAGGUCCAGACAACUAA